AACCCAACCCUAGCCUGUGGAGUGACCAAAGGAAUUACACACAAAAUUGCUGCCCUAGAUCUCUAAUUGCGUUUUUCUUGCUUUCAUAUCUUUAUCGGAACCUCCGAUUUCGUUUCUCCGCGUGGAGAUGGCGGAGAAUUUUGAAUUCUUCAUAGUCGACUCGGUCGAUUCUCUCUCCACUUCUGUGCGUUCGCUCACUCGAUGUUGAAGUCUUCGUAAUCCUCCGUAAUAUCUAUAGUUCUUUUUCUUUCUUUUGGUUGGCGGAUGGAGCCUCGCGUUGGGAAUAAGUUUCGCCUUGGCCGGAAGAUCGGUAGCGGCUCGUUCGGGGAGAUCUAUCUUGGUACUAAUAUACAGACGAAUGAAGAGGUUGCAAUUAAACUUAUACGCCAAUUGGAGAUGUUUUGAACGAGAAGAACGUUAAUGUUUAAACUGAUGUUGCUGUCUUCUUAGAACAGCAACGUUUGCGUGGCACUUGGCUAAAACAAAGCAAGUAGCGGAAGAUUUCUGGUUAAGUUGAGUGGAACGUCGAUCCUCUCUGGUUACACUACUCCGAGGGAUAGUGAAUGCGAAGAAUGUUAAUAUUUGAACGGAGGAAAAUGUCAAGACGAAGCAUCCUCAGUUGCUUUACGAGUCUAAGUUAUACAGAAUUCUUCAAGGAGGAACUGGGAUACCUAAUGUAAGAUGGUUUGGAGUUGAGGGAGACUACAAUGUUCUUGUAAUGGACUUGCUCGGUCCUAGUCUUGAAGAUCUAUUUAACUUCUGUAGCAGAAAGCUUUCUUUGAAGACAGUCCUUAUGCUUGCAGAUCAAAUGAUCAACCGUGUUGAAUUUGUCCAUUCUAAAUCCUUUCUACAUCGGGAUAUUAAGCCGGACAAUUUUCUGAUGGGGCUAGGAAGGCGUGCAAAUCAGGUUUACAUCAUUGACUUUGGUCUUGCUAAGAAGUACAGAGAUAGUUCUACUCACCAACACAUUCCUUACAGAGAAAACAAGAAUUUGACUGGAACUGCAAGAUAUGCUAGCAUGAACACCCACCUUGGGAUAGAGCAAAGUCGAAGGGAUGACUUGGAGUCGCUUGGUUAUGUCCUUAUGUACUUCUUAAGAGGAAGUCUUCCUUGGCAGGGACUGAAAGCAGGAACCAAGAAGCAGAAGUAUGAGAAAAUUAGUGAGAAAAAAGUUUCUACCUCUAUUGAGGCAUUAUGCCGUGGAUAUCCAUCAGAAUUUGCGUCAUAUUUCCAUUACUGCCGAUCACUACGUUUUGAUGAUAAGCCGGAUUAUGCUUAUCUGAAAAGAAUAUUUCGUGAUCUCUUUAUUCGUGAAGGUUUCCAGUUUGAUUACGUGUUUGACUGGACGAUUUUGAAGUACCAGCAGUCGCAGCUGGCCACGCCUCCAACCCGUGCCCCAGGUGCCGUCGCCGGAACCAGUUCUGGAAUCCCUCCUGGCAUAGCGAAUGCAGAUAGACAGACAGGUGGAGAGGAGGCUCAACUAGCUGGGAUGUCUUUGAUGGAUUCAUCUAGGCGGAGGGCAUCCGGGCAGGCUAUAAAUUCUGGAACUUUUGCCAAACAGAAGAGUCCAAUUGCCAAUGAUAUUGCAGUUCCAGCUCCUAAGGAUGCCGUGUUUUCAGGCGCUAAUAUUGUGGGGCGAUCAAGUGGGUCAUCAAGACGUGCUGUUGUGUCGAGCAGCCGGGAUCCUUACAUGGUAAGCGAAUCAGAUCCACACCGCUCCCGAACGACGGAUGCUAGUCCCAGGGCAUUGCACAAGAGCAUGAGUGCACAGAGAAGACCACCAGUUGGACCAGAGGAUCCAAAGAGAAGCGCGUCCGGAAGACACACAGGAUAUGUAAAGAACUAUGACUCUGCUUUGAAGGGAAUCGAAGGACUGCAGUUGGAGAAUGAGGAGAGGGUACAUUAUUAAAGCACUUGCAUCUACAACAACUUUCUGGUGUGGAACGUUUGAAGCUCUGUUGAAUUUUGGAGGAUUUUUCCGGUGGUUUGGGAACAUAUUCUCCACUUACGAUUCCUCAGCCUUUUCAAUUUAGACAACAAACCCACAAGUGUUUAUUUGGGAUUUGUCAUGUAAAUUCACGUUCGAAAGAUAAUAGUUCGUUUAAAAUUUC